UCAUGAAAAAAAAUGAAAGAAAGAAAGAAAAAAGAAACGCAUGUAGAAGAGAUGAGAAUCCCAAAUACAAGGAUGCAUCAAAUUCUUUCCGUAGAUGCGCUGAAUACUGCCCUGAAGAAAUCUCUCCAAAGAAUGAAGCUAUAGAAGGGAGUUCAGCUAAAGUUGAGAAGAAAAAGAGAAAUUCAUCCAAGGAAAAUGAAAGCAGAGAGCCCACAGACGUGCCACCUUUGCACGGUGAUUCAACUGAUCUAUACCAUGAAUGGGCUAAAUAUUGCUCGCAGACGAAGGUUGCUGAUCAGGAUGAAAUAGUUAAGCAAGCAAAGAAAGCUGGAAUUGGAGAAUCCACUAGGAGAAAUGGCAAAGGCGACUGUCUUCAAAACUAUCAUGGCUCAGCAAAUAUAGAAAAGAGAAAAACGAGGAACCUAAAAGGAUGAGGCAAGGAAGGCAUCUCGAUCCCAAGUGCGAAAAGGUAUCUGAUCCUUUUCAUAAAUGUUCUCACUACUGUUAAUUCCCAGGAGUGGUUGAAGCAGUGCAGUAGACUCUUCCAAGCACGCAUGAUUAACUUUUU